AUGGAGCCAAUCCAGGGAAUUUCAAGCGCAAACAGUGCAAUGAGAGCAGCAAGCGAUGGCAGUACUAUGCGUGGACUCAAUCAGCCACGAACGGUUCCCAUUUUUGUCAAUGCAGCUGACAGCUUUGAACCCUAUCCCCCGACUGAGAAUCUGAGCCGCCUUUGUACAUCCUGGACCGGUAUCUUGCCAAAAGAACUUAGGGCUAAGAUUGUCAAAUACGUUCUCAGAGACCUCGAAUAUUGGGACCCCUCUACCAUUGAAGAAGAGGCUGCCGAACCCGCCCAACCCCCUCGAAAGAAACGCAAAAAGUCCCGCCAAAAGAAAAUCCCAACUCUGAUGUACAGCUUCCAAUCUCAAAUAUCCGAUUAUCAAUCCAUCUUCACCCUACUGGAGGUCUGGCCUUUGCUACGCCACGUGGUUCUCAAGCAGUUCUUUUCACGAAAAGUCGAAAUCACAAACGAUGAAGAAACUUUUAAUUUCUUAUAUCGGAUGCCAGGCAAAGAAAUGAAGCACUACCUAAAGCACAUUCGUAUCCAGUGGUGUGAUGAAGACUCUGCCGCCCUUUUCGGAAGAUUUGCAGCUCAUACUAGCCUCAAAAGGCUGGAAAUCUUCGUCAAGAAACACACGGAAGUAUUUAGAGAGUAUGAAUCUGGGCAAGGCUUUCCGGGCGGAAGUUUUGAAUGCUGUACCGGCUACGACGAAAUCAUCAGUAUUCGCGAAUGUGAGAAAACGGUUCUCGAGUUUCACGCUAAGCGAGAUCAUCAAAGGGAUAUUCAGUGGGUGGCCAAAUACGACGCUCAUGGUUUUGAUGGUCGCGAUGGCUUUCAUAGGGCUGAUCUUAUGAGUCAGAGAUUUAACGAAACAUGUCGUUUACCCAGAGGUCAACGCUCGCAAUGGGAUCGGCCAUUGCAACGAAAUCAAACUGAUGAGUCAGAUAUCGAACAAGAUAUGGAGUUUUCGUAG